AUGCCCAAGAAGCAGGCAGCGGCGAAUGGGCCGCCUCCCCUAAGCAACAGGGACCACUUGGAACGGGCAAAUUUUGCCCUCCAGGCGAGCCUGUUCCUCCAAGCUGCCUGCGCUCCCACUUCGUCCGCCUCGGCUGCUUCGUCUUCACGACCAGCUCCCAACAAGGCGAUUCGAGACCGGAAGGGCAAGCGAAAGGCCUCGGACGACGAUGCGGUGCCGAUUACAGAUACCAUGGGACGCACCACCAUUCAGUCGUUCAACAAGUGGACCGUCCACAACCAGGUCAAGCUCGAUCCCAGCAUCAAGCGUUCCGUUUGCUCGUGUUCUGCUGUCCUUGUCCCUGGUCUGACCUGCAAAGUUCGCAUUCGAUCAAGCAAGAAUCACAUGAAUGUCAUUAUCCAGACCUGCUUGUCUUGCGGUGCUCAACAUCGCCUUCCGGCUCCGCCUGUUUGCGUGUCCAACGAAGGCAUCGACGGCCCCGUGCGCUCCUGGCGGCGAGCGAGGAAGGCCCGUCGUAGUCCUCGCCACAAGUGGGAGCAACCACAAGCUGAGGCCGUUGGACCUAACGGUGUCGAUGAAAUGGUCGGCGACGAUGGGCCAACUGUCGACAAGGGGGGCGGCAAGAAGGGGAAGAAGGGUGGCAAGGGCAAAUCUGGCAACGAGGGAGAUGGAACGCCUCUCUUGCCUGGCCAUGUGCUUUGGCGCGGCAUGGAGCGGAUCGGCGGAUGGGGAACGCGUGGCGGCGAGCCUGACCUCAACGGUGCACGACAGCAGGCUUACCGGCGCCCUAGAGUCUUUGUCGUGAGUGACGACGAGGAAGAUGAGUUGGACUCUUCCGACGACUCGGACGCGGAGAUGGACGCACCGUCAACGUGUCCCAACCCGCCCAUUCACCUCGGCCCUUCUCCAGUUCAGCGUGCCACCGCGGUGGUCGCUCCUCUCGCUCACACCGUCGGCGAGCCCCAACCUGAUUGA